UGGAAAGGCGCACGCGGUUUUCCUUGCCGUACGAAGGAAGCUCCGGUUGCGAUCUGUGCAAAGCCGUUCGGGGCCGAGGAUUUCCAUUUUCCUUCGCAUUUAAGUUGGGAAAAAACAAACCUGUUGUGUAUUUCGGUAUCGUUUUGUGCGCUUUGUGUUAAAUUGUUCGUGAUGAGUGUAUAAAUCCCUCGCCCAGUGCCCGAAAGCAUGAACUAUCUAAACAAUCUAAACGUCUUCAAACGGCGUCGUAACAUCUCGUCCACCGAUUCGUCAUCGGCCGUCUCGUCUCCGGCCACACCGUUACCGGCGACUAUCGAUGGUGCCGCUAGCACGUCCGGACACGGUCCCACCGAUGGAUCCGGAACUCCGCAGCGCAAGAAGAAAAAGAAAACGAACCGUAAGCGUACUGUAUCCGUUGUUCCCAUUAGCGAGGUGACGGAAGCAUCGCUAGAGCUAUGGCGCACGCUACCGCCGAAGAUUCGUCACGAUCCGAGCAUGGUGUCCUUUCAGCAGGUGGAACUGGAGCAUGCCCGGCUGCAUGGCGACUGUCAUGAGGAUUCGUUUCCGGAAAUACAAGGACUAGAAGAGGACGGUGCCGAGGAGGACGAUGAUGAGGAGGAGGAAGAGGAAGACGAGGAGUACGAGAAUGAGUUCAUCACCAUCAACGUCACCAAUGAGGAGGGUCAAAAUAAGGAAAUAGGCCACGUGAAGGAAAAGAAAGAAAUACCGAAACCACACGUCCAUCAUUUGGCUGGACAUUACAUCGGUAACAUCACCCCACCGAAGCACGAUGAUAUCAACGAUACCGGGCAGAACAAUUUGGACGAGGACCAUCCCUUCCGGAAGUAUUCGAAAAUUAUCUGCCUAUUCAUCACUUGGCUGCUGAUUAUGUCGUUCAUGGUGGUGAAGGACGAGAAGCUAGUCGAACCGAAGCAUCUAUCGAUAUCACCCGGCAAAACGAAGGCGUACAUCUUGCCCCAUCUGCCCCAGAGCACGCGAAUCAAGGUGACGCUCGAGGGUACGUUCCUGAGCGAACCGUACAGCAACAUUACUGAGCACUAUCUUGAGGCGUAUCUGCAGAUGCUAUCCUCAACGCUGGAAAUUAACUCGACAGAAAUGUACUCAACCAGCUCAGCAAAGAACAUCAGCGACUCCUGGUACAUCCCGAUUGUGCAUCCGUACCUGUUCGAUAGUGCACCGAUCAUUAAGGAGCAACGUCUGUUCGACAUCAUCGACACCAACUACGAACAACUUCACCAACCUAAUGGGGGCUUGGUCCGAUUGAUGAUCCGCAGUAAUAUCCCUGCGAGUAUGCCGGUUGCGAUCCGAUACGAUCAAUCACCAGUGAACCGCGACGUUGGUGUCAUCUAUGCCGCGUUCGUGCUUAUCUUCCUGUACGUGUUAAUCAUCUGGGAGAUUGUGCAUCGUACGUUUGCGGCCGUGAUUGCCUCCACGUUGGCCAUAUCGAUCCUCGCUGCGCUGAAUGAUCGUCCCACGAUGGAGGAUAUUAUUGGGUGGAUUGAUGUCGAAACGAUUUUGCUACUGUUCUCGAUGAUGAUCUUGGUGGCGAUUCUGGCCGAGACAGGAAUAUUCGACUUUCUGUCCGUGUACAUCUAUAAGAUAACGAACGGCAAGAUAUGGAGUCUUAUACACUGCCUCUGUUUAUGUACGGUAUUGAUAUCUUCGUUUUUGGACAAUGUCACAACUGUACUUUUAAUGGCUCCCAUUACUAUACGACUAUGUGAAGUAAUGGACAUGAAUCCGGUACCUAUUCUGAUGGCAAUCACUGUACACGCCAACAUCGGCGGCACGACCACACCUGUCGGUGAUCCACCAAACAUCAUCAUUACUUCGAAUCAGUACAUUCUGAAACACGGCGUUACCUUCCUCACGUUUACCGCGCACAUGCUGGUCGGUGUAAUUAUCGUAGUCAUCACCACCAACAUCCAUCUGCGCAUCAUCUACAAAAACAUCAACCACCUGCGUAUGCACGAACCGAAGGAACUCAAGGAGCUGCGUCGCAAUAUAAAGGUGUGGGAGCGUGCUGCCGGUAAGAUCCCACCGUACUCCAAGGAUGCCAACAUAGUGCGCGAAACGCUCAUGAAGAAGGUGAAACUAUUGCGCCACCAGUACAAGAAAAAGAUGACGAAAGGCACCGUGCCGGAAGAUAUCUAUCGGUCCACACUGGAAGAGCUACAGCGGGAGCAUCCGAUCAAGAACCGUCCGUUGCUGAUCAAGUCCGGUAUAGUGUGCGUGUUUAUAGUGUCGCUGUUUUUCCUCGAGUCAAUUCCGGAACUGCGACGCCUCUCCUCCGGUUGGGCUGCACUGCUCGGCGUGGUACUCCUGCUGAUCAUCUCGGACAAGAACGAUAUGGAUGCCGUUCUGUCGCGGGUAGAGUGGCCAACGUUACUCUUCUUUGCCGCCAUGUUUACGCUGAUGGAAGCGGUCGAGCGGAUGGGUUUGAUCGAUUGGAUAGGACAUGCGACGGAAACGAUCAUUCUAUCCGUGUCGGAAGAUCUUCGCCUUGCUGUGGCGAUCAUUAUAAUACUCUGGAUCUCGGCCCUAACGUCCGCGUUCGUCGACAGUAUACCGGUGACUGCCAUGAUGGUGAAGAUUGUGGUCGCGUUAUCGGAAAAGGCGUACCUGGGGUUGCCACUCCAGCCGAUGGUUUGGGCGUUGGCAUUCGGACCGUGUCUCGGCGGUAAUGGCACGUUGGUCGGUGCGUCUGCAAACGUUAUAUGCGCCGGUAUUGCGGAACAGCAUGGCUAUCGAUUCAGCUUUAUGGAUUACUUCAAACUUGGAUUCCCGAUCAUGCUGGUCAGCGUGCUGGUCACUACCGGGUACCUGAUAAUGGCUCACGUUGUCUUCGCCUGGCACUAGAUCCGAAACGGAUCUAGAUACAUCCUAGCUUGUAAGAACCCGAUCAUGAACGAUCGUACGCCACUAUCCUAAGUUACUUUGUUGUCCAGUUGUUGUCUAACUGUUGUGUCUUUAAAUACCUUUCUGAAAGAAAACCCAGCCAAAUCCAUGCUUUACAAAAGCAUGGCUUACAUCAGCACGUUACAACACGCGUCGCCCGUUCGUUGUCGUGCAUUUUAAUAGAGAAAAAUGGCGUAGAUUUCCGUGUUCUGAAAAAACCGCAACCAUUUUGGAAUUGAGAUACAGAACGAAAGAUUGUUGUUUAAAGAGAAAAAAAAAACAUUUGUUUUCGUUUUUUUGUUGGACCUCGAUAAGAAAUGUGAGAACACAUUUUUAGUAGACGCAAAUAAAGACGAAAGACACGUUAGUUCAGUGAGAUAUUUUUAGACGGCGUUCAAAAAUCUGCGUUACAUUAUUAUUGCCAUGUGUACGCGAAAACAGUUAAAGUUGAUCG